UCGCGCGGAGAGCCAUUCAGUCGCAGAAGAGAGUUUGCCGUAUCGUUAUCCUACAGUAAGACCAACCAGUUCAGUUUAUACAAGUGAACGUCAAACUUUUGUUGUCCCUCAGUACAGAGUGUGAAUCUGGUGCAAUAAAAAAAAAACGCAAUCAAUCGGUACAACGAAAAAGGGAAGGAAAGUGUGACCUUGCCCCUUGACAAAGAAGCUCGCUUUUGAUUACGAUUGCUAGUUUGCUCGUUUGAGAGUUUGGUGAAAGUGAGAGUCUUACUCCUCGCGAAAACGAAAGUGAUUGAUUUUUGACAGUGCGCCCAAUCGUCGAACGAUUGUGUUUAUUGUGUGUUAUCACAGCCUACUACAACAAACCCGGUGAAAAAUGGCCGACAGUGCAAACAAGCGCAACAUCCCGAUCAAGCUCGGUGACUUCAGCGUGAUCGAUACGGAGUUUGCCAGCAUCCGCGAGCGCUUCGACUCCGAGAUGCGAAAGAUGGAGGAGGAGAUGUCCAAAUUUAGAUCGGAACUGAUGAACCGCGAGUCCAACUUUUUCGAGACCACCUCGAGUUUUUCCACCAAAAAGACGGCGACGUCCAGCAGCACCACCACAUCGAAUGCAGCCUCGGCCCUGCGACCACAGACCGGCACAAGCACCAGCAGCAGCAGCACACAGGUUCAGGACAUCAACUCUCCGCUGAUACAGGACAGCGGUUUGCAAUCCUCUAGUAGUCGUGAGGCGAUUAAAGAAACGGUCGAACAAGUAGAGGAUGGCGAUAACAAAGUUCUGAAGCUGCGCUUCGACGUCAGUCAGUAUGCCCCAGAGGAAAUUGUCGUCAAGACUGUGGACAACAAGCUGCUGGUCCACGCCAAGCACGAGGAAAAGUCCGACACCAAGUCCGUCUACAGGGAGUACAAUCGGGAGUUCCUGCUCCCGAAGGGCUGCAACCCGGAGCUGAUCAAGUCCUCCUUGAGCAAGGACGGAGUACUAACGGUGGACGCUCCACUACCACAGCAGGCUCUGACCGCCGGCGAAACCAUGAUUCCAAUUGGCCAUCACUAAACCCCUAAAUAGAGUUUCAUCCAUAAAUCUUUAUCAAUGUGUGUACUCGGGAAAGCUGCGCGUGGUUUAUAACUCACACACAUCGCUUUCAUCAAGCCAUAAUUACCAGCCGAUACCCAAUUAUUAGAGACAUCACCAGUGAGAGAGGGCGAGAAGAGAUACAUAAUUCACUAAAAAAAAGUAGACGUGCUUUUUCAACGAUAUUUGUUUCGAUAUUAGAUCUUUUACGAGAGCAAUGGCUGCAAUGGCCACCAAUUUAGAAAACUAAGCAAGCAUCGGAUCCAAUUAAGAAGGAAAAUUUUGAACUGGAACAUCGCCAACGCUACGGCUAGUUGUUAGGCCCUUAUAAUUCAAUUCAUCUAUCUAUUUUUAUAACAAAAAACGGAAGAUAUUUCAAACUUGUGAUAACCCUCUGAAUUAAAACCAACGGUCAUCGCACACACCUAAUUAAUUAAUAUUCUUUCCGAUUGUUAACCACACGCAUCACCAUCGAAAAACCAUCGAAUCAACUCAGUAGGCGGUGCACUCUAACCGUGCCCCACAGCCUACUUACUUACUUACGAACCAGUAUAACACAAAAUGAACCGAGGCCUUUAUGAGUUUCUGGGAUUAAUUACCUUUUUCUACUGAACUCACUUGAGAUUUUGUAACGGGAAUAUUUUUUACUCGAAAAACAUCAGAAAAAUGUCACUGCAAUUUAGAGGCAGCU